CUCAACACCCACACACAGGAAAAAGGAAAACACGUCGCCGAAAGCGCGCCACGUUCCCUUCAGGCUCAGGGCGCCUCGGGGCGGGGGUGGUGUAGAGGAAGAGCCGUGUCGACGCGAGGCGCAUCCACCUGCUUCUCCAUCCUUGCCGAAUCCCUGCACGGCGCGCCGCGAUUUCUCCGCCCUUCGCUUUCGUAAACUAACGAUAACAAUUCGCCCGCCGCCUCCCUCGCCAUGGCCGCGGCGGACGACCGAGCCACGGAGCACCCUCCGCCGCCGGCAGCACCCGAGCGCGCCAUGGGAUUCGCCGAGCGCGCCGUCGCCGCGGCCGGCGCCGCCGUCGUCUCCGCCGUCCUCGUCAACCCCCUCGAUGUCGCCAAGACGAGGUUACAGGCACAAGCUGCUGGAGUAGUCUACAAUCCGAUAUGGUCAGAUUUUAGGUGCUAUCCAUCAUGCAACCCCGGUGGACUGAAAUUAAAUGGGUUAGGGCCAUCAUGCAGUCCUGAAUGCUUUCAGUAUAGAGGAACAAUGGAUGUUUUCUAUAAGAUCACCAGACAGGAAGGAAUUUUUAGACUAUGGAGAGGUACAGGUGCAAGCUUAGCCUUAGCUGUACCAACGGUUGGCAUAUAUCUGCCUUGUUACGAUGUACUGCGCAACUGGAUUGAGGAAUAUUCUGAUCAAAGUUUUCCCAAACUUAGGCCAUAUGCCCCUCUUAUUGCUGGCUCUAUUGCAAGAUCAUUGGCAUGCAUAACUUGUUCCCCUAUAGAGUUGGCAAGAACACGUAUGCAGGCCUUCAAAGGAUCAAGUGGUGGAGCAAAACCCCCUGGAAUGUGGAAGACUUUGCUUGGUGUGACUUCAUUGAGGCAAAGCAUCAGCCACCCUGAAAAUUUUCGGGGAUACCACCUUCUAUGGACUGGUAUGGGAGCACAACUUGCACGUGAUGUCCCAUUUUCAGCUAUAUGCUGGACCGUUCUUGAACCAACUAGAAGGCACUUAAUAGGAUUAGUUGGUGAGCAAAGCAACACAGCAGUUAUAUUGGGGGCAAACUUCUCCGCGGGCUUCAUUGCUGGAGUUAUAUCUUCUGGUGCGACCUGUCCUCUCGAUGUUGCGAAGACACGCAGACAAAUAGAGAAGGAUCCUGCUAGGGUAUUAAACAUGAACACACGGCGCAUACUGCUUGAGGUUUGGAGGAAAGAAGGUAUCAACGGACUAUUCAGAGGUGCAGGCCCUCGUAUGGCACGAGCAGGGCCUUCGGUGGGCAUUGUUGUCUCUUCAUAUGAAGUUGUGAAGCACAUCAUGCACAGAAAACAUACAGAGCUAUAAACUUAGAUCCAUCUUACAUAGUUCUCAGCCGCAGUUGAGGUUUCUGAUUAACCUGAACGCAAUUUCAUUCUCGUGAAAUAUGGUUUAGCAGGGCCUGCCUACCUUAUCAGGGAGGUGAGGUUAUGUUUUCGGUGGAUUCUGUUUUUUUGUGCGACUACACAAGGCCUUCAAGAUGUAAAAAUUACAAUAACUACGUUCAGGAUUUGAGCCAUGAGUAGGAACUUUGUUUGGAGCUAAAUUUUCUUCAGAGCGUAUGCUUCACGUCUGGGGCCUUCAAGAUGUAAAUUACAAUAACUACGUUCAGGAUUUGAGCCAUGACUAGUAACUUUGUUUGGAGCUAAAUUUUCUUCAGAGUGUA